AUGUCGCACACUUCCACUCCAGCACAAGCAUCUGCGAGUGCCGUCAAGCGCGUCCCGAUCUCAGGCCUCCCGCUCCCGCCCCCACCGCACUCGCUCAUCCACGCGCUCACCCCAGACCCGUACACGCCCACCCCCGCCGAAUGGCACAACAUCCGCGCGGAAAAGCCCAGCCUGCAGCGCCGCGCACGGCUGCUCACGCCCUCCGCGCACUUCUCCUACGUCGCCCCGUGCCCGCUGCCCUUCCCGUUCCGUGUGGAGUACCCCGAGGAGGCGGAGGAGCCGCAGGAGGGCGAGGACGCGGAGGCGCAGGGCAAGGCGCAGGUCGCGGCCGUCGAGCGGUGGCUCGUCGAGCGGGAGGCGCUGCGCGAGGUGCCGGGGGCGGCGAAGGAGGGGCAGGGGAGGCUGAGGAAGUAUGUUGCGGAGAAGAGGGACGAGGAGAGGGUGCUGAUUGGGCUGGCGGAGACGGGCUUGAGGGAUUGUGUGCCGCACUUGGACGUCGGGGACGCGUUUGAGCUCUUGAAGGCGCCCUCGCUCACCGUCCCGGCUGGGCAGGGCGCGGGCGGUAGCGCGGGGGAGCGUGCGAGUGCGGAGGCGGUCGCGGCGCGCCAGGAGCUCGUCGAUGUACUGAGCGGAAACGCGAUACUCGUGAAUGGGGAGGGCGAGGUCGGAGAGCAGUGGGCACCCUGGUCGCUGAGGUAUAGCGGGCACCAGUUUGGGAACUGGGCGGGGCAGCUUGGCGAUGGCCGCGCUAUCUCUCUGCUCGCUACGCCCCAUCCUGACGACCCCCGAACGACCUACGAACUUCAGCUGAAGGGCGCGGGACGCACGCCGUUCUCCCGCAUGGCGGACGGCUUGGCCGUCCUACGCUCGUCCAUCCGCGAGUUUCUGUGCUCAGAAGCCAUGCACGCGCUGGGCAUCUCGACGACGCGCUCCCUCUCCCUCAUCCACCUCCCGAAGCUCCCCGUCGAGCGCGAGCGCAUCGAGUCCGCCUGCGUCCUCACGCGCGUCGCGCCCUCCUUCAUCCGCAUCGGCUCGUUCGAGGCCCUGAACCCCCCCGCGCAGAUGUACUUCCUCGGGGGCGGGCAGCAAGCGGCCGACCUCGACGCGCUCCGCGUCCUCGGCGAAUGGGUCGCACGCCACGUACUCGCCCUUCCCGACGUGAAGUGGCGCGGGGACGAGGGCGCAGAGGGUCCGGGAGAUGCGUGGGGCACGAAGCUCGUGCUGGAAGUCGCGCGGAGGAACGCGAAGAUGGUCGCGGGAUGGCAGGCGUAUGGGUUCAUGCACGGCGUGAUCAACACCGACAACGUCUCUAUCCUGGGGCUGACCAUCGACUAUGGUCCGUACGCCUUCAUGGACGUGUUCGACCCGUGGCAUAUUUGCAACCACAGCGACCAAGAAGGUCGAUAUGCUUACAAGUACCAGCCCGCUAUGAUUAUAUAUGCACUACGGGCUUUACUCAACGCCCUCGCGCCGCUCAUCGGAGCCGAAGACGAGCUAGGCGGAAAGGCCGUGUCGCCCGGCUGGGCAGACGACGCCUCCAAGGACCAAGCGAAGGAAUGGAGCAAGAGGGGCACCGAGCUCGUGAAGGACGAGAUGGAGCGCGUGAUGGAAGAGGCUUGCGCAGUCGAGUACGGCCGCCUCAUGCACAGGCGACUGGGCCUGCGGCGCAUCGACAAGGACGACGAGUCGAAGUUCGCCCGCCCGCUGCUCUCUCUUAUGGAAGACCACAGCCUCGACUUCCACCGCACCUUCCGCCGAUUGUGCUUCUUCACGCCGUCGGUCGUGGCGUCAGAAGAGAGCCUCAAGGCGUUCAUCGACAGCCUGCUCGAGCUUUCGUCGGAGCCGGAGAGGCUGGACCGCAUACGCGGGCACAGCGACUGGUCCGAGUGGCUCCGGAAGUACGCGGCGCGCAUCGAGAGCGAGCGCGACCACUGGGACGGGGAGGGUGACGUCGACGCGGCGAGGGAGAGGGAGGCGAAGAGCGCCAACCCGCGUUUCGUGCUCAGGCAGUGGUUGCUGGAGGAAGUCAUCAAGAAGGUCGAGACUGACACGGAGAGUGGGAAACGGGUGCUUGGGAAGGUCCUCCAUAUGGCUUGCAACCCGUACGAGCCGUGGGGCGCAGAAGGCGUCGAGGAUGAAAGUGGCCUGGAUGCCGAGACCAAGGAGGAAAGGAGGUAUUGCGGUAUGGGGGAGCGGAAGCUACUUGGUUUCCAGUGCAGUUGCUCCAGCUAG